UCCAUCCCCCACCCGGGAGCCCAGCUCUUCCCGCAGCUCUCCGGCCGCUUUUACAAACAUCUGCAGUUUAAAACAAAAACCAAGCAGCGCCACGUCGCACAAACAGGAUGGGGGCGGUGAGGGCCGUGUGUGUGCUGUCCCCAAAUGCAUGAGAAAUACGGGAAAGGAGGGGCGCGGAGCCUUAGUAUUUUAGCAAUUCCCCCAGGCCCAGAGACGUCCUGGCUCCGGCCUCGGCUCCGGGGGGAAAGGGCCGGCGGCGGGAAGCGGGGAUGGGGCGCGCGCUCGGAGCCCCCCGGCCCCCCAGGGUCUUCCUCCUCGGGGACCCCGAGCAGCCCCCUCCCCCCUCCAGGCCAGGCUGCUCGCGGGGGCCGCAGCGGGCGGCGACUCGCGACCGAGGUUCGCGUCAGGCCGCUCCGGGGCGACGGGCUCCGCACCAAGAUGGCGGAGAGAGACGGGGAAGAGGCUACAGUAGCAGAAUUUCACAAAAAAAUCAAAGAAGCAUUUGAAGUGUUUGACCAUGACUCGAAUAAUACAGUGGAUGUGAGAGAGAUUGGAACAAUUAUGAGGUCAUUAGGAUGCUGUCCCAGUGAAGGGGAGCUGCAUGAUCUGAUUGCAGAGGUGGAGGAUGAAGAACCUACUGGAUACAUUCGAUAUGAAAAAUUUCUUCCACUGAUGACUGAAAUACUACUAGAAAGGAGAUUCAGACCAGUUCCAGAAGAUGUCCUCCUUCGAGCUUUUGAAGUUUUAGAUUCAGCUAAACGUGGGUUUCUUACUAAGGAAGAACUGAUCAAAUACAUGACUGAAGAAGGUGAGCCUUUUUCUCAAGAGGAAAUGGAAGAAAUGUUAUCCGCUGCAAUUGAUCCAGACACGAAUGCAAUUCAUUACAGGGACUACAUAACAAUGAUGGUGACAGAUGAAAGUUAAAUGUUCUCAUUUGUAAUUGGAAGGAUAAUUUAAAAAAUUGCUUGUCCUUACUAACUUCACAUUUUACCUUGUAAUUUCUAUAUCUGAUAUUUCACACCUUGUGAUGUAACUAUUUCAAGAUAUUUUGUUUUUUAAAGAUGAUCAUAACAAUUUAAGAUGUAAAAUUUUAGUAUGUCUAGACUUAUGGAAUGACAGAUUUGACAAGUUGCUAUUUAUUUAAAAACUAUUUUAAAAACCUUUUAACACAAAAACAGCUUGUAAUUUAUUUUCUGCAAUAAAACUCAUGUUACCUUCAAAUGGAUUAAACUGACAAAAUGAAGAAUGACUGUAAUGACCCCAGGUUUGGCAUAUAAAGGUCUGGAGGGAGGCAGAAUGACCACAGAUUGAAAAUGAGCAGCGAUAGGACAAAGGCUUCUUUUCAAAACAACAAACUCUUCAGCAAUUUGAAUGUGGAAGGAGAGUGACUGAAAUGCCUGUCAAUAAUUGAUUCCUUAAAAGCCAAUUACAAAUCUCAUCUGAGAUGAUAAUAACUGAGUGUAGACAUUUUAAUUUGCUGACCCAGCUCGUCCAAGUCCCCAUUUAUGCAACAGCUAAAGGAGCUGAGAUAACUGAAUGUAGAGAAAAGAAGACCGAACGGAAACUGACGUGGC